AUGAAAGAGAAAAUAAAAUUCUCAAGUCUCAAUAUCAAUCAUCUCUCUAACAAGAGAGAAGAACUUGAGGUUCUCUUGAAAAAAAAGAAACCAAAAAUCAUGUGCCUACAGGAGACAUGGAGACAAUCAGUGUUCCCCUUAAGGCUUGAAAAAUAUACUGCUAUAGAAACUAGUAGCAG